AAGCUAGCAAACCUGAUGCCCUCACCAAGUUGGAACAAGGAGAACCGCUAUGGGCAUUAGAAGAUGAAAUCCACAGUCCAACUCAUCCAGCUCUGGCCACCAAGAGUAACCUGAUGAAGCCCUGCUGGAUCUGCCAUCCUGGCCCACCUGUCACCACCUAGAGUGACCCUCUCAUCCUACCAGUGAUAAACUACACCAGUAUACCUAACAUGACAGCAUAUACCAGCAGAACUCGAGUGGCUUACUGGCUUACCGAACAUGGAAAGGAAGCAGAGGUGCCCCGUUUUAACGUAAUCAACUAUGACAAAACGCCACAGCCACAACUAACAAAACCUUGGUGGGCUGGCACUUUGAUGCACCACACUUUUGAUUACAUGAAGAGUGUCCCACUGGUGAUGAUGAAAAGAAAGACUGGAGUGUUGUUAGCCAUUUGUGCAGGGGCUUCAUGAACAACAUUGUGUGGGAGAAACUAAGUUCCUGUAACAGGUUUGAGACUUGGAUGGCAAACACAAAUGCCUCCACACCCACGAAUGGGCCACUGAACAAGAAAAUGGAGAAGGGGUGUUGUGUGCACCUGAGAGCUACACCUACAUUUUUCUCUGUGGGUGGUCUGGGGUUUAUACAAAUACAGGACAGGCAAUGUCAUGCCUGAUCCAAAUUGUUGUUUUCAGAAUCCUGGGAAUAUGAACUUGUAAACUCCUAGAUAACUGACCAGCUGCAACCUUCCUUGUGGAAUGGAACAGACCCAACAUUCUUCCUGGCAUCUACCCUCAUUUCCUCCCACUGCAGAAGUACUCUCAGUUGAGCAUUUUUGUCAUCUGCUAAUAGUUUUAGCCAGGUGACAAGUGGAUGGACUGAGGAGUAAGAAGUACCUGCCUCUGCCUCUGACUUGGGUUCUAGCCUAUAGGAACAAGACAUUUUCAGUAAUGGAAGAAAGAGCUUCCAGGCUGGGGAAGAUCAUCAUUUCCAGUGGUAGCUUGACCUGAGAUGAUACCUGACCACAACUUCUGGGAAGGCCCAGAAUAGAUAGAAGAGAGAGAACACCCUAGAGUUGCUAGCCCGUAAGAGUUGAAGAAAAUGGCCAAGGCCCAGCUGAAAUAACAGGAAACACAUGAAAAAUGCCACGAUUGUAAUGUCUGUGAGGAGAGAGCAAGGCAGUUCUUCAGGGGAGGGAUCAUUGUCAUUCGAAGAUGUGGCUGUGGACUUCACCAGGGAGGAGUGGCAGUUUUUGGACUGGUCUCAGAAGGUCUUGUACAAGGAAGUAAUGUUGGAAAACUACAGCAACCUAGUAUCAGUAGGGUAUCAAGGCACCAAGCCAGAUUCACUCUUCAAGUUGGAGCAAGGAGAACCCCCAUGGAUAGUAGAAGGAGCAGCCCACAGUCAAACCUGUCCAGGGUUUGUUAUCCAGAAUAGAAGAUACACAGGAAAAGAUUCUGAUGCAUUUGGUGGAUAUGGGAAAUCAUGCCUCCAUAUCAAGCGUGACAAAACUCUUACUGAAGUUAAAUACCAUAGAUGUGUUAAACCCACCAGCCCUAAAUCACAGCUCAAUGACCAUCAAAAAAUCUGUGUAGGAGAGAAACCACAUGAAUGCAGUGUGUGCGGGAGAGCCUUCUCCAGGAAAGCACAGCUUAUUCAACAUCAGAGAACUGAAAGAGGAGAGAAACCCCAUGGAUGUGGUGAAUGUGGGAAAACAUUCAUGAGGAAGAUUCAGCUCACUGAGCAUCAGAGAACUCACACGGGAGAGAAGCCCCAUGAAUGUAGUGAAUGCGGAAAAGCCUUCUCCAGAAAGUCACAGCUCAUGGUCCAUCAGAGAACCCAUACAGGAGAGAAACCCUACAGAUGCAGCGAAUGCGGAAAAGCCUUCAGCCGGAAGUGCCGGCUCAAUAGACAUCAGCGAUCCCAUACUGGAGAGAAACUCUAUGGGUGCAGUGUGUGUGGGAAAGCCUUUUCUCAGAAGGCAUACCUCAUUGCACACCAGAGACUUCACACAGGAGAGAAGCCUUAUCAAUGCAGUGAUUGUGGGAGAACCUUCUAUUUUAAGUCAGACCUGACCAGACAUCAGAGAAUUCAUACAGGAGAGAAACCUUAUGAAUGUCAUGAGUGUGAAAAAGCCUUUAGAAGCAAGUCAAAGCUCAUUCAGCAUCAGCGUACUCACACUGGAGAGAGGCCCUAUUCAUGCAGCGAAUGUGGCAAAGCCUUUGCCCACAUGUCAGUCCUCAUUAAACAUAAGAAAACUCACAUAAGAGAGAAAGCCAUACAUUCACUGAAGGUGGAGAAACCUUCAAGGAGUCAUACCUCCUUAUACAUGAGUGAACACAUAAAAGAGCCAAAGACUGUACCUAUAGAAAUGCCUGCCUCAGGAACCCCGGCAUUGUUAAACAAGAGUGAGCGCCUAGUGGGUAGAAAUGUAGUGAUUGUAGAACAACCUUUUCCAAGAAAUCAAGCCUUUGUAGUUAAUCAGGAAUUUGAACAGGGAAUAAGCCUCGCAAAUGAAGUGAAUGUGGCCCCAUCAGUAAUAAAUUAUAUCUUGUAUGUUACAGAUAUUGUAUAAGAAUAAAUCUGAUACCAGAAAGGUGGGAAAAUCUUUAGUAGGAAUCUUGCAGCCACUAUAUGCUGGAGAGCUCAUUUAGGGCUGAAACACUGGAGGCAGUGGUUGUAGAGGACAUUUCUGUGAGAAGUCAAACCUGUUAAAUGCCAUUGAAAUCAUGUUGGGCAGAAAUGCAUCUGUUAUGAGGAAGCCUUUACCUGGAUAUGAUAUCUCAAUUGGUAUCAAAAGAAUUCUUACAGGAAUGUUUAUGAAAGAUUGUGAUGGUGCUUUUAGCACUAAAUUGUGCCUUGUGUGCCAAAGAAACAAAGACAACUGUAGAGGCAAUGGAUAUGGAAAACAUUUUUAGUAAAAUAUGGGAGAAGUUAUAGAAAAGAAAAACUUUUGAAAGUAAGACAUGAUGGAAACUCACCAAAUUAACUCCUGUAUCACAGUUUUAUGUCUUGAGAGUCUUGGAGGGACAUGUCUAAUAAAUCUUGAACCCCAGGAAUGGUAUUAUGUAAUGAAAGCCUAUAAAUAUAACAAAUAUGGAAGUAAAA